CGAGGAUAAGAUCAUGCUCAUCGAUGACCCUCCUCCUCAUGGAAAGAAUGAUUACUCCUUUUGGAAAAAUUGCUAAUCUAUAAAUUUGUCCUCAUGGAAAGAAUGAUUACUUCUUUUGGAAAAAAAUCUCUCACAAGUGUCCAAUGGAUUGGAUUCCUUAUUUACUGCCAAAUUAAUUAUACAACCAGGAUAAAACAAAAUCUACAGCUGUCUUUCUCAUUUGGGUUUUCUCAAUUCUAUUCCCAUCCUUUUAAGAUCUGGUUUCUUUCCUUGUCUUCUUCAUUGUAAGAGGAAAAGGAAUGGAACCCAUGAAGAUUUUUUGGAUUCUUGGGUUUCUUGGGUUGUUUUCGGGGAGAUUGGUUCAGGGUUUUGAUGGGUUUUUGAAUGAGACUGAUGUGGUGGAGGCUGCACCCAAUCCAUUGCUUGUCGGUUUAACCCUCAUCCAAUCUGCUGCUGAUAAAGGAGCUGUCUGUUUAGAUGGAACACCACCAGGUUACCAUCUACACCGUGGAUUUGGGUCGGGAGCAAACAAUUGGCUAAUCCAACUAGAGGGCGGGGGUUGGUGCAAUGACAUCAGAACCUGUGUUUACCGCAAAAAAACUCGUCGUGGUUCAUCAAAUUACAUGGAGAAACUGAUUGAGUUCACUGGGAUUUUGAGUAACAAACCUGAAGAAAAUCCUGAUUUUUUCAACUGGAACCGAGUCAAGGUUCGCUAUUGUGAUGGUGCAUCCUUCAGUGGUGAAGGCUAUGAUGAGGCUGCAGGACUUUAUUUCCGCGGCCAGCGUAUUUGGUUAGCUGCCAUAGACGAUCUACUGUCAAACGGAAUGCAUAAUGCCGACCAGGCUCUUCUUUCUGGAUGUUCUGCUGGGGCUCUAGCUUCUGUACUGCACUGUGAUGAGUUCCGAGAGCUACUUCCUACAAGUACGAAAGUCAAAUGCCUAGCUGAUGCUGGCCUUUUUCUUGAUGUUGUUGAUGUGGCUGGUGUUCGCACCAUGAGAGCCUUCUUUGGCGGUGUCGUGAGCUUACAGGGGGUUGAGAAGAAUUUACCAGGAUACUGUACUUCUCACAUGGAUGCAACUUCGUGCUUCUUUCCUCAAAACUUGGUGGCCAGUAUUCGCACUCCACUUUUUCUUCUAAAUACAGCAUAUGACGUAUGGCAGCUCCAGGAAAGUUUAGCACCACCAAAAUCUGAUCCUCAUGGUUACUGGCGACAGUGCAAGCUAAAUUAUGCAAAUUGCACUGCUGACCAAAUUGAUUUCUUGCAAGGCUUUAGAAAUGAAAUGCUUAAUGCAGUGAAAGAUUUUUCUGUGGCUGCUGAUAGUGGUCUAUUUAUCAAUUCAUGUUUUGCUCAUUGCCAAUCAGAGAGACAGGAUACAUGGUUUGGGAGUGAUUCUCCUGCUAUUGCAAACAAGGGAAUCGCAAAAUCUGUUGGUGAUUGGUACUUCAAUCGAUCGACAGUUAAGGAAAUAGACUGUCCAUAUCCCUGUGAUAAGACUUGCCACAAUCUCGUAUCGAGGCAAGCACAUUAGUUUCAUUUGUUCACCAUCUUCUGUCUGAGGUUGCAAGGAAUUGCAUGGUUUAUUCAAGAUGGUAAUAGUGAAAAGCUUGAUUGAAGCUGAGAAAUAAUGGUACCGACAACUCUGAGAGAUAGAGAGAGAGACCCAUGUCUCUCUUACAAUAAUUCUUUGAUGGUAGAUUUCAGAUUGCAUUCUUCAAUGAUAGUCCUAUAAUCAAGUCGUGUAAACUUCUAAAGCACAUUGUAGCAAGUCAUUCAAUAUUAAUUUAUAAAGGAGGACAUGCUAAUGUUUU